AUGUCAGCGGAACAUGACGGAGUUUUAAGUGAGAUCCGAGCGAAGAAAGAGGGAUAUAAAAGUUUUGAUGGACCUUCACUAGGAGAUAAAAAUUCAGUGCAGGACCUUUUCACGGGAAUUUUUAAUUGGUUCCUGUGCCGCCGGAGGAGCAAAUCCGAUGCCUCGUCAGAGGAAGAAAAAGAGGAGGACUCCCCAGUGCGAACUUUGCGGACUUUGGAGGGUGUUGUGGCACCCGUUGCGCUUAAUAUGUUCAGUGUUUUGCUCUUCAUCAGGAUAGGUUUUGUUGUUGGCCAGGCAGGGAUCCUAGAGUCAGUGUUACAGCUUGUUUUAGCCUAUUUUAUCUUGGUGAUGACAGUGUUGUCAAUCAAUGCUAUAUCAACCAAUGGCGCAGUAGAAGGGGGCGGGGCCUACUAUAUGAUAAGCCGUGCUUUGGGCCCUGAGUUCGGGGGAAGCAUUGGUUUCAUAUUUUUUGUGGCCAAUCUUUUAGCUGUGAGUCUGUCUGUGUUUGGUUUAGUGGAAGCCAUGAUCGAGAAUUUCGGACCGGAUGGUUCGUCGAUAGACCAUCCAUUUUUAAAAGGUGACCAUGAUUUUUGGUACAAGUACUUGUACUGUACAAUAGUCCUCAUUGUGUGCCUAGGUAUCUGUAUUGUUGGAGCUGACAUGUUUGCCAAAACAUCGCUGUUUAUAUUUUUGAUUGUUGUUAUAUGCCUCCUUUCUGUAUUUGUGAGUGUGUUUGCCAAAAGCUCAACAAUACCGAUAGAAUAUGCACAGCAGGCGCAGUAUAUUCAUGGAAAAAUAAACAGUUCCCAGUACUGCCACGGCGUCAAUGCCAGUGGCUUUGUACAAGAAUCAGCAAACUACACUGGACUAAGGACCGCGACUUUCCGUCAGAACAUGUUUUCACAUUACCAGAGGGAUUACAGUUCUAUGAAUAUGAUGACAUUCACCUCUGUAUUCUCCAUUCUGUUUUGCUGUGUGACUGGAAUUCUGACCGGAGCAAAUAUGUCAGGAGAAUUAAAAAACCCUAGUAAGGCAAUACCUCAGGGGACACUUGGCGCUUUGAUGCUGACAUUUACGACAUACUUCAUUGAAAUAAUUCUGGUUGGAGGUUCGUGUGAUAGAUGCCUUUUGCUGAACAACUAUGUCUUUCUACAAGAGAUCAACCUCUGGAAACCUUUCGUACUGAUAGGAAUAUUUACUGCCACUUUAUCUGCUGCUCUGGGAAACCUCAUUGGAGCCUCCAGGAUUCUCCAGGCCCUGGCAAACGAUCGUUUGUUCUGGUUUGUUUUGAAUCCUGCAACCAUCACCACAAAGUCAGGGAAUCCUUAUGUUGCAGUCCUUAUAUCAUGGUUUCUUAUACAAUUGGUACUGCUAGUCGGUUCACUUAAUGCGAUUGCUCCUGCCACCUCUGUGUUCUUUCUGAUGUCCUACGCUUCAGUAAAUUUGGCUUGCCUGGCCUUGGAGCUAGCAGCAGCACCAAACUUCAGACCCACCUUUAAAUACUUCUCGUGGCACACAUGUACAUUAGGUCUGAUAGGCUGUAUAGUGAUGUGUUUUCUGAUCAGUGCCAUCUACACCUCAGUAGCCAUUAUUGUGAUGCUCGUACUGACUAUCAUCCUUUACUUCCGGUCACUUCCAGCACAGUGGGGCUCCAUAAGUCAGGCUCUUAUCUUCCACCAGGUGAGAAAAUACUUGCUGAUGCUGGAUUCAAGGAAGGACCACGUCAAGUACUGGCGUCUGCAAAUCUUACUUAUGGUGUCUAAUCCAAGACAGUGUUCAGAACUCAUCCACUUUAUUAAUGACAUAAAGAAAGGUGGAUUGUUUGUGAUUGGCCAUGUCAAACUAGGAUCCCUUGAUUCGUAUUCUGAAGAUCCAAUUCUGGAUGAAAAUCCAAAAUGGAUGGGUCUGAUAGAUCAUCUUAAAGUAAAAGCAUUUGUGGAGGUGACCCUUGCUAAUACUGUUUCAGAGGGUCUACAGCACUUACUGAGGUUAUCUGGAAUGGGAGGCAUGAAACCUAAUACUGUCUGUUUGGGUUUUUUGGAUGAUGCUAAACCAAAAGAUAUGCUAAGUAUUAAACGUACAGGAAGGAAGCGGAGCUUUUUUACACGCUUGGAUUAUAAAAAAGAAAACAUUGAAAAUCUGUUCAUGAAUAUUAGGGAUGAAGCUGAUCCAAGACAUUUGACUUCUUUAGAGUAUGUCAAACUCAUUUCUGAUUCAUUGAAGAUGCAGAAGAAUGUAUGCUUAUGCAGACAUUUUGAUCAGUUCAGUAAGCAAUGUAUUGUACAAUCAAAAACGCAGCUUUUCAUUGAUGUUUGGCCAAUGAAUAUCUUUAGGCCUGACUCUGCCACCUUUUUCGAGAACGCCUGCCUUUUUAUGCUACAACUGGCCUGUAUUCUAACCAUGGUACCUGACUGGAAAUCCAAAACAAGUCUACGAGUCUUCUUGUGUUUAAAUUCACAGACGGACAACGCCUUCCAAAUGCAGAAGAAAUUAGACUUUUUUCUCCAGCAGCUCAGAAUUCAAGCUUCCGUGAAAAUUGUCACCUUGGAUCUCUUGGUACAUUAUAUGCCCGUAAUGUCUGUUAAUAAUAGCAAUGGAAGUUUAAAAUCGAUGGAGAAAUUCAGCCCAGUCCCCGAAGAAUUCAUUCGUGCAAUAAACCAGAUUAUUAUUUCUUACUCCAGUACAACUGCAGUGAGUUUCCUGUACCUCCCUAUCCCUCCAUUGGAUACUGGAGAUUAUGAGACCUAUCUAAACAGCUUGGAAAUGCUGUCAGAAAAUCUUCCUCCCACGUUGUUUGUGCAUGGGUUACACCCUGUUACAUCUACUACUCUUUGA